GGACACCCUCACCGUACGGGCAGCUUCGCCCGGACCCCCAGGCUGGUGGGGAGGGGCGGCCGGACGGGGCGGGCCUGAGGCUGGCGUCUCCGCCUCUUCAGCGUUCGGCUCCCUUUUCUUUUCCUUCUUUCUCCUCUCUUUCCUUCCUUCCGCCUGGAGCUAUGGAGCCGGGGCGCCGGGCGGCCGCGGCGCUGCUGGCGCUGCUAUGCGCGCUGCACUCCGGGCGCGCCCAGUACGAGCGCUACAGCUUCCGCAGCUUCCCGCGGGACGAGCUGAUGCCGCUCGAGUCGGCCUACCGGCACGCGCUGGACCAGUACAGCAGCGAGCACUGGGCGGAGAGCGUGGGCUACUUGGAGAUCAGCCUGCGGCUGCACCGCCUGCUACGGGACAGCGAGGCCUUCUGCCACCGCAACUGCAGCGCGGCGCCGCAGCCCGAGCCCACCGCCGGCCUCGCGCGCUACCCGGAGUUGCGCCUCUUCGGGGGCCUGCUGCGCCGAGCGCACUGCCUCAAACGCUGCAAGCAGGGCCUGCCGGCCUUCCGCCAGUCGCAACCCAGCCGCGAAGUACUGGCGGACUUCCAGCGCCGAGAGCCCUACAAGUUCCUGCAGUUCGCCUACUUCAAGGCAAAUAAUCUUCCGAAAGCUAUUGCAGCUGCUCACACCUUUCUACUGAAGCACCCUGAUGACGAGAUGAUGAAGAGAAACAUGGCUUAUUACAAGAGCCUGCCCGAUGCUGAGGACUACAUUAAAGACUUGGAAACCAAGUUGUACGAGAGCCUGUUCAUCCGAGCCGUGCGGGCCUACAAUGGCGAGAACUGGAGGACGUGCAUCACCGACAUGGAGCUGGCCCUUCCUGACUUUUUUAAGGCCUUCUAUGAGUGUCUCGCUGCCUGCGAGGGCUCCCGGGAGAUCAGGGACUUCAAGGAUUUCUAUCUUUCCAUCGCAGAUCAUUAUGUGGAGGUCCUGGAAUGCAAAAUUCAGUGUGAGGAGAACCUCACCCCUGUCAUAGGAGGAUAUCCGGUGGAGAAAUUUGUGGCUACCAUGUAUCAUUAUUUGCAGUUCGCUUAUUAUAAAUUGAACGACCUGAAGAAUGCGGCGCCCUGCGCGGUCAGCUACCUGCUCUUUGACCAGAGCGACAAGGUCAUGCAGCAGAACCUGGUGUACUAUCAGUACCACAGGGACAAGUGGGCGCUGGCGGACGAGCAUUUCCAGCCCAGGCCGGAAGCAGUCCAGUUCUUUAAUGUGACCAUGCUCCAGAAAGAGCUGUAUGACUUUGCUAAGGAAAAUCUUAUGGACGACGAUGAGGGAGAGGUCCUGGAAUACGUGGAUGACUUGCUGGAGUUGGAGGAGACCAGCUAGCCCCGGAAGCCAGAGAGCCGUUCCUUCCAUGUUCAGAAAACAUGAUUCUUUGUCUUCCUUUUCCUAAUAGUCCAGGCUGUUGAUACCUCAGAGCCUUCUCUUCUCUCUGUGAAGUGAAAGGGAAGCCCCCGUCUCUUGCUACAGCUAACAAGGGGUGAGGCUGCAUUCCCGUGCCCACAGCUGCCUCCCCCACCCUUCACACCUGCCCGUCUAUCUUCAUACCCGCCUCUCCAUCUUCACUUCCGCCUCCCCAUGACCACACUUGCCUCUCCAUCUUCACACCUGCCUCCUCCAUUUUUAUACCUGCCUUUCUCACCAUUUUGGUUAGAAGGAAGGUUUUCCAUGGAAUUUUUUCCCCCCAGAAAAUCAGUAUUAUUUUUUAAAUAAGAAAAAUACUCCUGAAAGAUGGUAAUUAUAAAAACCUACUCUGGCCUUUCUGCUUUCCCCCAUUUUGGUUUCCUUUCUCCCCAUCCCCUGAUCCAGCAAAGAUGGUGGGGACAAAGGCUAAGCUUCUCUUCAGAACGGUCUUCGCACCAUCUGACCUGCAUCUUUGCUGGCGCCCGUUGAGAACAGAGUUGGGGCAACUGCGUGAAGAACAGACCUGUGACUUUUGCCUAAUGCUUUCGCGUGUCCAAAGUCUUCCAGUGGCCGGUCGAUCCCCUUUGAGGACAGUGCUCAGCCGUUAGUCUCAGAGUUGGAAAUGGAAGGAAGGAGAGGGAGUCUAGUUUCAUUGACUCUUCGACAAAUAUUUACUGAGCACCCACUACAUGCUAGGCUUCAAUCUGGGCGCUGGAGACACUGCACAGCAAAACAGAAAGAAAAAAAACAACCCUGUCCUCACAGAGCCUGCAUUCUACAGGGAAAGACAGACAACAGGUGAACAAGAAUAAAUCCAUACCAAGCCUCGGAGGGUGAUCAUUGCUAUGGAGAAAAAUAAAGCAGUGAGGGGUAAGGAAGCUUGCA